AUGUUUCGGAUAAGCGGUAAUCAACAAAGCCGCACCCCCAAAUCCAAAGCCCUGGACUUACGUGCCUGGCCUGAAGCCUCUGCGUGUUUGCUCGACGCCCGUCCCUUCUUUCAGAUACGGGGCACUCGGCUAAGUACAGCUGUCGUUUUAAACCGAUCCCUGGCUUCCCUGGGUCUGCAACAAACUCCGGGUCCGCCUGGAGUUCGAGCCCUACCUUGGGCCUUGAUGCGCCGAGCGCAGCGGGACGAGGCCCUGGUGGCGUUGGAGCUGCGCUCGGCAGGUGGGAACCUCCUCUUCGAGUGCCGCCUCGACUCCGAGAGCACGGCUGCGGAGCUGCGGCAGCUGCUGAGAGAACGGCGAACGCCGCCCUCCCUGGACCCGGAGUUCACGAGCUUCUUCGUGGGGCAGGAGGAGCUGACGGAUGCAACGAGCUUGGGGCAACUGACGGAGGGGCGGCUGGGCACCUCUUUGGAGAUCGCGGCCGUGCACGAUGGAGGUUCCCGAAUUCGACGGAAGCUCAAGGAGAGAGUGCGCCUUUUUGAUCAGUGGUCAUUGAACAGAGCAGGGGCGGAGAGCGAUCGAGUGGAGGAGGAGCUGGGGUCGGACUUGGCCAAGCUCCACGCCUGGAAUGACACAGUCAUCGACGAGCUGGAUGAGCUGCGCUUGCGGGAUUUGGUGGCUCUGAUGAGGCGGAUGGAUGAUAGGACUACCAGAGUCCUCACCCUUUCGGAUGGCCUCUUCUCUGUCCCAAAUGCGUUUGUCUUCGACUGGGAGCGCAACCUGGUGCUCGUCGGCUGCUACUGA